AUGGCUUGCUUCUACAGGUGGCGCGCUGCAGGCGAAGCGUGCGCUUUUCCACGUCAUGUCCACAGAGUAGGCAUUGGACAGCUAGUUGAGCAGCACUCCAUCCGGCAACCGGAUGUGAUCGUCGCCGAUUUCGACGGCCAGAUGAAGGCCACGUUAAACGACCAGUUCCCUGAUGCACAGCAGCAGAUGUGUAUCCACCACAUCAAUUCGAACGUCCUGCUUAAGUCGAAGCAGAAGUGGGUCAAGGCCCAGAGCAGCAGAAGUAUCCAUACGCCGACAACUGAGGCUAUCCCUCAUAGUUACCGAGGAGUUCUCAUAGUGUGGAAGCUCGUCUUAUUCGCCGAGACUGAGGAGGCUCACGAGAAAGCGUGGGGAAACCUCUGUAAGGAGUUUGACGACCAACGAGCAAUCCUGCGGUAUCUCCAUGGAACCUACAUGCCCGUCAGGGCGCAGUGGGCGCGCUGUUUCAUUCGCAAGUAUCGCAACUUCGGCAUCCCGCGUCACAUCUGGGACAGAAGCAAGUAA